AUGGCUGAGACUUUAAGGCCUUUGUUACUCAGGUUAGGCGGUCCCAUGGGUCGAGACAGGUUCUCCAAGGAUAGCCAAGGAUUGUUCCAGAGGGAAGUGGACAGACCGUUUCCAAUAGCUCGUCCCAGUUUGGUGUUGAUUAGGUCUCUUCCAAUCAAGAUUCCCCUCCAACUGUGGGAUGUGGAUGUGGAUGAAGUGAUGGGGACAUUAAGGAAGUCAUGUUCCUUGCAAUAUUUUCCUUUUAGGACUUUACUAAGGAGGCAUGAUGGGUUAUUAAGUAUUUUCCAGCUGAUUUUGACCAGCAAAGCGUCAUUGAAGCUCUGUAUUUCCCUGAAUCCGAGCCCUCUAUGUUUCUUUGCUUUGGUAAGUUUCCUCCCUGAUAACCUAACACAUUUUCCUCUUAUUCAGUUUUGCAUCCCACCAGAAGCUUGUGAGAGCUGA